GACCUGUUCCGCCUGCAUUCUACUGAAGAAUCUUCCCUGAGUCUCUUCAAAAAUGACGCUCACUGUGUACUACACCAGCGUGACCAGCUCCUUGAAGAUAAGGAAGUGUCAGGAAUCGAUCUCCUGCAUCUUGACAUCCAAAAACAUCAAACACGAGAUGGUGGACAUCAGUCAGGAUGCUUCAGUCAGAGACCUCAUGAGGGAAAAAGCUGGAAACCCUAGUGCCCUGCCCCCUCAGAUAUGCAACGGAGACCACUACUGCGGGGACUACGAUGCAUUUCAAGAAGCAAUUGAAAUGGGAAACCUAGAUGAAUUCCUCCGCCUGUGAGCCCAUUGACUGCUUCCGCUUCAGAAGAGCGCACAGUAGAUGUGUCACACAAUUGAGCAUUUUUAAAAAAUAUUGGAUUAAAAAUCGUUUAUAGACAAAAGUUGAUCAUACAAUGAUGAAAAUGUGACGCAAAUCUUAUGCCGGUUUGUGAAGAGCUUAACA